CUCAAACAACAUGGUUUCACCCAGUACAUGGACUAGUAAAGCCUAAAAUGUUUUCCUAUUUCACUUUUAGGGUUAUGCAAAUGUUAGUAAUUAUUUUUUCGCUUUUGUCAAGUGUUGUGUGUGCUUCGGAAGACAAAGAGUCCCACAGUCCUGUUCUGUCUUUCAUAACUUCAAUAUGGCACAGCAGACUGUACCUGUAUUCUGCAGGUGCUCUGCUCUUUGGCAUCUGGUUCUCAGUGAAGAUGGCAUUAAAAAAGAGAAGUAUUUCUAGUGGCACAAACUUCUUAUCCCACAAACCUGUGAAGAGCAGUGGAUACUCCGACAAAGAAAAAGUCGUCCAUGUGUCUGGAGUUAAAAUCUUCUUUGGAUCACAAACUGGAACUGCUAAAGGCUUUGCUCAAGAGUUGUCAGAUGAAAUUGAGGCCUCAGGUUUACCAUGUGAGAUUACUGAUUUAAAAAAUUAUGAUCCUGAUGACCAACUUGCUGAUGAGGGCACUAACAGAACAGUUUGCGUGUUUCUUUUGGCCACUUACACUGAUGGACAGCCUACAGAGAAUGCUGAGUGGUUCUGCAAGUGGCUGGAGGAGGCAUCCACUGACUUCCGAUAUGGAAAAACAUACCUGAAAGGGCUUAAAUAUGCAGUUUUUGGGCUGGGGAACUCAGUCUACACUAGUCACUAUAACACAGUGGGAAAAAAUGUUGACAAGUGGUUGUGGAUGUUAACUGCCAGCCGAAUAAUGACCAGGGGAGAGGGUGACUGUAAUGUGGUGAACAGCAAGCACGGAAGCAUCCAGGCUGAUUUUACAGCCUGGAAAGUAAAGUUUUUGAAUCGCCUGAAGAAACUUGUGAAAGGAGACAAGAAGACCUGUAGUGGAAACUGUAAGAAAGGAGGCUCCUGCAAGAACAAGGCAAAGCAUGAACAUGGCCAUGAGGAGGAGGGAGAGGCUGUCCAGUCCAUUAACACUGAGCAGGAUCUUUUUGAGUCUAGCAGUGAUGAUGAAGAGUCUCCUCUACAAGAUGAGAGGAAAGGUUCAGUUGUUGACAUGGAGGAUCUUGGAAACAUCAUCAGUGGUGCUAAAAAAAACAAGAGCAAAGAUGAAGAACAGAUGGUAAAACUGUCCAAACUGAACAGUGUUAAAAGGGCCGAAGAUGAGGAGGAGAGAAGAGAGAUGAUCACCCCCGCCCUGAGAGAUGCACUGUCAAAACAAGGUUAUAAGUUAAUUGGAAGCCACUCAGGAGUGAAGCUCUGUCGAUGGACAAAGUCGAUGCUGCGCGGAAGAGGAGGGUGUUACAAGCACACUUUCUAUGGCAUUGAGUCCCACCGCUGUAUGGAGACCACGCCCAGCCUUGCAUGUGCCAACAAGUGCGUCUUCUGUUGGAGACAUCACACAAACCCAGUGGGUACAGAGUGGCGCUGGAAGAUGGAUCCUGCUGAAAAAAUCUUGAAUGAUUCUUUAGAGAAGCAUCAAAACAUGAUUCGAGAGUUUAAAGGAGUUCCAGGAGUUAAGCCAGAGCGCUAUGAAGAGGGCCUGGCAGUGAAGCACUGUGCCCUGUCUUUGGUUGGGGAGCCAAUUAUGUACCCUGAAAUUAAUGCUUUCCUCCGCCUGCUCCACUCACACCGCAUCUCCAGCUUUCUGGUCACAAAUGCCCAAUUCCCAGAGGAAAUCAGGAGCCUGGUGCCUGUUACCCAGCUGUACGUCAGUGUAGAUGCCAGCACCAAAGACAGCCUGAAGAAGAUUGACCGGCCGCUGUUUAAAGACUUUUGGCCCCGUUUCCUCGACUGCCUUAAAGCACUGGGAGAGAAGAAACAAAGGACUGUGUACAGACUGACACUGGUCAAAGCUUGGAACGUAGAGGAAAUGUUGGCCUACGCUGAUCUCAUUGCAAUGGGACAGCCAGACUUCAUUGAGGUCAAGGGAGUGACAUACUGUGGGGAGAGUACGGCCAGUAGCCUGACCAUGGCCAACGUCCCAUGGCAUCAGGAGGUGGUGUCCUUCGUGCAGCAGCUGGCGGAUAUGUUGCCGCAGUACGAGAUAGCCUGUGAACACGAGCACUCCAACUGCCUGCUCAUCGCACACACCAAGUUUAAGAUCGAUGGAGAGUGGUGGACGUGGAUUGACUACGAGCGUUUCCAGGAGCUGGUUCAGGCUUAUGAGGACAGUGCAGGAGAGCAGAGCUUCUCGUCUCAGGACUACAUGGCCAAGACUCCAGCCUGGGCUCUGUUUGGAGCAGAGGAGCAGGGCUUUGACCCCACUGACACCCGCUUCCAAAGGCGCAACAAGACCAAAAACAUCUCAGGGUGCUGAUAACACAACAAAUGUAGAAUCUCUAAUGCAAAAAUUACUAGCUGCUUUUGUAUUAAUGUGGUAUUUUGGUAGGCUGCACAUAAGAUGAUUUUGUUAUUUUUUAAUUUAACAGUUACUCCAUAAUUUUGUUCAGUAGAAAGGGUACACUGGCUUGUCUGGAUACAUUCAUUGAAAUGUCCCUGUAUUUACUGGUUAAGAGUGAACCAAAGUCAAGGACUUAAAUCAGUGCUAAACCAAAAUGAUGAAUCAUGACAAAAUUUGUUCUUUUAAAUAAUUCUAUUGGGGAACAUAUUUUAAAGUCUUAACAUGUUUAGACAGUAACAGAAAUGUAACAUAAAAUUUCAUUAACUUCAACUUUUUAGCAAGAUAAGAGCAUGUUUUUGGUUAUUUAUUGCACUGAAAAACGUAGAGAAACAUGGGUCCUUACUGUGAGCAGCCUUGUAUCUCUACAAACCUGACUCUUAAUUGGCCUCCUAUCUCCAUGGAAAUGUUGUUAUUUAUAAUAUUUCACAGUAUGGUAUAAAAUGUAUCUUAUCUUCAUAUGGUUUUAACUUUCUCUUUUUGUGGAAUCAUACAGUGACGUUCCUCCUCCAGAAAGUUAUGUACUGCACAUUUUAAGCAUGAAUUUGUAAAUUAUUGUGCAGCCUUUUUGUAUUUUCCAACUUUUUUUUAAUUUUUUUAUUUAGUGUCAGGUUGGCAUUCAAACCCAUCUAUUCAUUAUUAGUAACAUUUAGAUCUAAAAGGAGCAGAUCUCUUGACAGUUUCAUAUAAUCUGGUCUAUGUCCGCCGCUUUGGGUCUGUCCCGCUGCGUGGCUCCUCACCUCCCACACAUCCUCAUUAGGGGGAGCUCUCAGCCCCACCACGGAGCAGGCCAACUAUAGGUCAGUCCACUGCACAGACACAGUGUUGAAAAUCAGCAUUUUUUUCUAUUUUAUUAAACUAAACUAAACUUUGUAAUUCAAAAUGUCACCGUACCAGUUACUUUAUGUUUUGAGCUAUAAGGGCAGUGAGAUUAGAUGAUCAAAACACUGGAUAGUCAUAGUUAAGUUUUUCAUUCUUUUGCUUUGAGUGUAAUCCAGUGCCUUUUUUUAAAAAUGCAAACAUUAUAAUGUUUAUGUUAGAAAAUAGCCUUUUGGAGAUUUGCUUAGAAAAGGUUUUCUGUUUCUCUGUGUAGAUUUAAAGCAAGGUAAUUUUUAUUUGUUCAGCUCAAUGUAUGUCACCUGGCUGUAUGGUGUGUUUUAUUUCAAAUAAAUGUAUUUUUAAUAUUA